GAAGAGGAUUUGUUUCACUCUCCGCGAGCGGUUCAAUGGAAGCGGAAACUCUUCUCCAUCGUGCCAUUUCUUGGAGCUUCAGUCCCCAGUGUCAUCUUCCCCAUCGGACUCGUCUCCUCCGCCAAGCCGUCCGGGCUUCUUCCUCAAAUCCUCGGUUGAAGAAAAGUUAUAAGGGGCCGAAGCCGAAGCAAGAUUUGAUACCUGACUGGGUGUCUAGGAACGACGACACCGUUCGAAGCUUGCCCAUAUACGUUGGAGGCGCUUCUCUCGUCGCCGUCCUCGUUAAUCGCGCCGUUUCCGGCAUAGCUCCAGUUGCAGAUGCCAGCAGUUCGCAGUCAAGAGCAGAUCUAUUGACACUUGGCUUGGCUGUGACCAGUAUACUGACUGGCCUGGUAUGGCUUACAAUCAAGCCAAAGUCUAUCUCCGUGGUGAAUCCGUUAGGUGUGGAAUGUCGGAUGAUAUCGUCUCGCUUGCCUGACCCUUUAAUCGCAGAACUCUUAUGGGUAUGGGAGUCUCUAUCAUCGGUUACAUGCUGCAGGUCUCUAGUGGUUGUGUAUGAUCGUACUUGUAUCUUGCAAAUUGGAGUUGCAGCUGAGUCCUCUGGUGGAGAAGCACAGGUUGUGGAUGCUGCCAGGUUGAGUGAAGGUUCUGUUUAUCAAGGUGUUAUGAAGUCUGGAAGUCAAAGCUAUUUAGCAAACCUAUCUCUGUAUCCUGGGAGGUCAGAACUGCCAUUUUUACCAUCCAACACACAGGCAGUGAUCUUGCAGCCUCUCGGAGACAAAGGAAUUGUAAUUAUUGGAGGUGACAUGAUUAGGGGUUUCACAAAUGCUGAUCAGGCGUGGAUCACUUAUCUUGGAGAAAAACUGGAUGCAACAAUUGCCAAACAUACAAUUAGUGUAACCCCCUUAAAAAUCCAGGACAGAAUUUGAGACCAACUUAUUGAGCUUACUUGCUCUCCCUCAUCAUUCAUUUGCCACACCUUCGGUUCAAGGUAACCUUCAGUUUAGCAUCUGUGCCAUCAUUGUUUGAUAUUCCUUAAUAGAUUGAACCUCCUACAUUCUACCUAAGCAUUUCCUUAGUAGCAGUAUCUCAUGAUUAUCUACUAAUUUUAGAUUAGGAUGCGGAUAGAUGACCCUCAAUAAGAAUAAAUAACUUAAGAGUUGAGGGUUAGAGGCAUGUAGUUCCCUUAACAUCUCUAAGAGGUUUCUGGAAUAGUCUGAUUGCUUAUAGUAGUUCAUGUUGAUGUCUUUAGGAUUGUGUUGCAUUAUUCUUCAUAUUGCAGAGCCAAGCCCCUCUUCGAAAAGGAAUAUUUGAUCCGACCCGGCUGUCAGUAUGAGUGCUUCCAGAGUAGUUGCUAGUUCAUUCUGAUCUGUUCUUUAUUGCUGGCAUUAUCUGUAUAGUGUUUUAGCAGGGUGUACACACUUUCCCUUGCAAUAGGUCUGCAUUUUGCAGCUUCGGGUUUUCUAUCAUUGCCGGGCAAUGUAAGAAGGAACAAAAGAAUCGUUUCAUUUCAAUAUGUUUAAACCCUUUACAUGUGUAUAACAACUGUGUAAAAAUCCGCAUGUCAGAAGAAGCAGAGUGAUUUCCCCUCAAAAAACAGGGCGGGAGGAAGAUAAUAACUCAAAAAAUUAAGCAAAGAAUCGUUUGCGCCGGUAUACCUCAAUACUCAAUCUGUGUGUUGUUUUACAAGACACCUCAACUUAGUGGGGAACUUCCCGAUCAUCAGCGAGCAGCAGAAGAAGCAGAAGAAGAGCUCCUCUCCCAGGGUAGUAACCCAGUGGCUACAUCAGCGAAAGUGUCCAACACAAAGUCCUUGAGACCAGUGUCCCAAACCUCGCAGAACCUCAGCCGCCAGUCCGGCGGCUCGACGGCCUCCGUCCCUAGCCCAGGCGCUCUAUCCUUGGAUCCUUUGUUCUGAUCGUCUUGCCAGUUCGUCACGUAAGUCGACACUCUCCUGAAAAACUUGGCCUUGAAAGUGUCCCACACCUGGUACUUGUAGUGGUUGAUCACGGCUGUGCUCUCUGCCACAUUCGUCGUCCUGUACCCUUCCCUCAGCUUGAAGUGAUGCACGAUGUUCAGCAGCGUCACGUCCAGAAGGUCUGGCCGAACGAAUGACUUGUGCCUCUCCGGCGCCUGAACCCUACAAGUGUACCCAACCGUCACCCCUUGCUUUGGGGGUGCUGUGAGCCCCGACGGUCCGAAGCUGUGGCACAUUGUCCUCACCUCGGCGAUCGUGGGCGAGUCGGUGUAGUUCGAGACCAGGGCGCGGAGCGAGUUCUGUCCUGGCAACUGGGUCUGGCUGCCGCGGUGCUGCCGUGGUAAGUAGAAGAACUCGUCGACGUCGAAGAACCCGACCCAGUUGCACUCGUACUUGGCUCUCAGUGCACAGUGCGAGAACCCUGCCUCCUGCGCUUUCACCCACGGCCAGACGUGCCUGGUGACGUUGUGGUUCAGGGAGUUGAGCUCGUCGGCGACGUCUUGUAGCCCAUCGUCGCUGUUAUUGUCGUAGAUGAACCACCGCUCCACCCCCAGCCACGAGUGGUACAUUACCCAUUCCUUGAGCACCGCCGCCUGGUUCCACAGCAUCGUGCAAGCGCAGAGCUCGUACUUCGCUUCCCCCUCCUCUCUCAUCCCGUGGGAUUUCGGGUUGUAUACUUUGGCCACCGAUGGCAGAGCAGGGGAGGCUGUGGCUACGCGGCUGACGGUGACGCGGAUUCCUUCAGCUAACUCGGUGUUGUUGUUUCGGAUGCUUCUGGGCAGCAAGCAGCGGACGACCUCUUGAGCUGCGGCGGUGGCUUCGGUAGUGAAGAUGAAGCUAUCCUGUUUGUUAAAAUGACUCAAAGAAAAAUGGCACCUGAAUUCUGCCGGAUUGACAUCCCUAUGCGGCUUCAGAUUCAGACCUUUCGCCAACACCACCACCGUAUUGGAAUCCAGAAUCGCCUCGUAGACCACCUUCCCCCAAUCGGGGACGGAGUCGGCACUGUCAUCAUCCGCCGUCUGAUUCACUGCGCUCCUCAUCCAGUUCCCUUCCACGACCUCACCGCCCGUACGGCGCAAAUCCGCGGCCGCGGAGAAAUUCACAGGCGGGAGCUCGCACCUCACAAUCGACUUGCUCUCCUGGUAAUCGUCCGCCGAAAUAGCCAGCUUCACGAGCAUCUCGUCGAGCACGUCGGCGGCGUCGCCGAGCUGGGGGUAGUAGACGCAUUCGAAGCUCUCCCCUCUUUGGACUCUGUUGGACAGGACGAGCAGCAGAUGGUCGGGCAGCAGAACCCGGCUCUCGAUAACCAAAGGAAGGAACUUGCCGCCGCCGCGGAAGUAGUCGUCGGUGAGCAGGUUGGGGAAGACCCGGGUGAAGCCGGAGGCCCGGAGGACCGGCCGGAAUGGAGAGCGAUCUGAGCCGUAGAAGUAGAAGAGAAUGAAGAGAAACGAAGUUAUGCCGAGAGUGAGUGACCUGAAAGAGAGGAUGAGCUUCAAAGCAAUUUUCCCGCCGCUGUUGUUGACUCUCUUCCACUUCCGCCGCUGGUCGGAAUCCAUUGGCUAUAGCAACAGAUCCGGAGCCGUCGCCGACAGUGGGUGUUUCCGAGGAGUUCGGAGGGUGGGGAGAGAUUCUGGGUUGUCUUGUCGGGGAGAAAAUGGUGGAGCACGCAAGGGUGUGAUAAUAAUGGGCGGGGGGUUAAACAAUGGCGGCCGGCCGUCAAAAGAGGCAGGCGGUGAGGAAUUGGCGAGUUGGGAGGGAGAAGAAUAAUUAAAAAGGAGAGAGCUAGCUGGGGAAGAAAGACGAAGGAGAGGAGGAGAAGAAGAAGGGAAAGGUGACGCGAGAGUUAUGGUGCGUGGUGGUGACGUGACAAUCCUAGUUGUCCAUGUGUGUCGGAUGGGGAAUUCUUUUCCGUUUCUUUUUUUAGGAUGGUGCGCGUGGUGGUGACAUUUCAAUUUACCACAUACAUCGCACUCGUUUGAGGGAAUUAAAUGAGGGGUUUUAAUCAAAUGAUAAUUAAUUAUUGUCCAUUA